AUGACCACUGCGGCGGCGGCGGCGGUGACCCGCGGUGCCGGGGUGAGGGCGGCGGCCGUGGCGGCCCUGUGGGGCGGUGGCGGCGGGACUGCGGCCGGGAGGCGGCAGCGCUCGGGCCCCGCUCGGCCCUUGUGCACCGCGCCCGGGACCGCCCCGGACAUGAAGCGCUACCUGUGGGAGCGCUACCAGGAGGCGAAGAGGAGCACGGACGAAUUGGUUCCUUCGAUUAUGAGCAACUUGCUGAAUCCAGAUGCCAUUUUCUCCAACAAUGAAAUGAGCCUGUCGGACAUCGAGAUCUACGGCUUCGAUUACGAUUACACCCUGGUGUUCUACUCCAAGCACCUCCACACGCUGAUAUUUAAUGCCGCUCGGGACCUUCUCAUCAACGAACACCGGUAUCCCAUGGAAAUCAGGAAAUACGAGUACGACCCCAACUUCGCCAUCCGCGGACUGCAUUACGACGUGCAGCGGGCAGUGUUGAUGAAGAUUGAUGCUUUUCAUUACAUCCAGCUGGGGACUGUCUACAGAGGCCUCAGCGUGGUCCCCGAUGAGGAAGUCAUUGAAAUGUACGAGGGGUCCCACGUGCCCCUGGAGCAGAUGAGCGACUUCUACGGAAAGAGCUCCCACGGCAACACCAUGAAGCAGUUCAUGGACAUCUUCUCCCUGCCAGAGAUGACCCUGCUGUCCUGUGUGAACGAGCACUUUCUGAAGAACAACAUCGACUACGAGCCCGUGCACCUGUACAAGGACGUCAAGGAUUCAAUUCGGGAUGUUCACAUCAAAGGGAUAAUGUACAGAGCAAUCGAAGCAGACAUUGAAAAGUACAUUUGCUAUGCUGAGCAGACCCGUGCAGUAUUGGCCAAACUGGCUGAUCAUGGCAAGAAGAUGUUUCUCAUCACCAACAGUCCCAGUAGCUUCGUGGACAAAGGGAUGAGGUAUAUUGUUGGGAAAGACUGGAGGGAUCUGUUCGAUGUGGUCAUAGUUCAGGCCGAGAAGCCAAACUUCUUCAAUGAUAAGCGGAGACCUUUCCGAAAGGUGAAUGAGAAAGGUGUCUUACUCUGGGAUAAAAUCCACAAGUUGCAGAAAGGCCAGAUUUACAAGCAGGGCAAUUUGUAUGAAUUUUUGAAGCUCACUGGGUGGAGAGGCUCCAGAGUGCUGUAUUUCGGGGACCACAUAUACAGUGACCUGGCGGAUUUGACCCUGAAGCAUGGCUGGCGGACUGGUGCAAUCAUCCCCGAGUUAAGGUCGGAGCUCAAAAUCAUGAACACGGAGCAGUACAUUCAGACCAUGACCUGGCUGCAGACCUUGACUGGCUUGUUGGAGCAGAUGCAGGUUCACAGAGAUGCUGAGUCGCAGCUGGUCUUGGAGGAGUGGAAAAAGGAGAGGAAGGAGAUGAGGGAGAUGACCAAGAGCUUCUUCAACGCCCAGUUCGGAAGCCUGUUCCGCACAGACCAGAACCCCACCUACUUCCUGAGGCGCCUGUCGCGGUUCGCGGACAUCUACAUGGCGUCUCUGAGCUGCCUCUUGAACUACGACGUCAGCCACACCUUCUACCCCAGGAGGACUCCCCUGCAGCACGAGCUGCCCGCGUGGUCCGACAGGGCCACCACCUCCAGGGCGCCCCUCCUGCAGGAGGCACAGGCCAAGUAACCCUGGCCCCCUGGGGAAAGGGCCAGAAGCAGCCCGUGUCCACUGGAUGGGGUGGACUCUGGGUGGGCCCAGUGGCUUUCUGAAGAGACACGGUAGGCUUUUGAUGCGUUUUGCACCUUAAGGACAGGACUCCCCAGGCUGAGAGGAGCCUGCCGCCCACUGGUGCGCCUCCCUCCUCUUGGGGCCCGGGUGCAGCUUGGUACUGGAAGUCCCACUCCGCCUUGUUCUCCAGGACCUGGAACUGACCUGGGUUAGGUGAGACCGCUUGUGCCAGCAGGUCCUUUAGACGCUGCUCUGGCUCUUGCACCGUUCACCUUGGGGGCUGCAGGCCUGAGGAUGCAUGGAGAUGCCCCGUCGGCAGCAGGCAGACACUUCAGUAGCUGCUCCUGGCAGUGCCGCUGUGAGUGGCAGAAGGUCCCUGAAUGGCAGGAUGCCCCGGUCUCUGGUCCUGAGGCUCUGGCGGGCCUUCCUGUGGUGUACGGCGUCCAAGAGAACCCAGCCUCCUGGAAGGACUUAGAUGAGAAGGAACAAGAACGCUGUCCUCAUUGUGUGCUGCUGUGACCCAGCCCAGGCCAGGCCAGGACAUCUGGUACAACAGGAGAUGGGAAUGAGGGCGAGGGCACUGCUCUGGCUACGGUCACCUUCCAGUUGGCCGCACCUCUGCCUACUGUCCAACGAGGCUGUGAGACAUCCGUGGGGCAGAAGAACCCCAGCCUUUGUGGGAGGUUCCCCAGACCCACAGGAAGCCCAGAAACGGCGCCCAAGCACUGGUCUCUCGCACUUACCGAAGGAACGAAAUGGAAACAAGACAAGACCCUUGUACUGAAGUCCUACACCACAGCACCCCCAGGCUAAACCGGAAUCUUGUUAGAGCGUGUUUCCAGAAACUGUCCUGCUCUGCGGGGGGACAGACAAGGUGGCUUCCUCUCUCGACAGCAACCACAUGGGAGAGGUGCCGCUUUGGCAAAGGAGGAGGAAGGGGCAUCCCCCAGCCACCUCCAGCCCUUGCUUAGUUCUGGUUCCUGCCCCAUUUGAGUGGCUCCGGGAGUUCAGGUGGUUUCCUUUUGGUGGUUCAGGUGGGACAAGAUGAGAGACAUCGAAGUUAGUAGGAAGACCUGGGUCCUGAGCUGUUCUCAUUUCUAAGACGGAAGCAAAUGGCCAUGUUCUUCUCCUUACUUCCCCCUCUGGAGGGAAGAACGUGUUAUUAAUCUGUAUUCGUAGCAUCUUUCUCUGAGCACCUCAGGGCUGUGCUGUUUUCAUUGCUGAUGUGGCCUGUGUGCUUCCGGCCGGUGGUCUUGUCUAGUCUUGCUGGGACUCAUCUUGGGCUCUUGCUCUUUAAAUCUGGAGAAUGGGCAGGAACCUGGGGGGCCUGUGGAGAGCACUUGCUCAUUUAGCACGUGUUGAACACCCGCCUGGCAUUGCACGGGCUUCCGCCAACAUGCAGGAGUCCAGUGAGUUACGUGGCACCCUGUGGCUCUGCUCAUUGUGAUGCGGUUUGACUUUGGUAUUUGGUUGUUUAACUGUCCUGGUGGAGGUGACGCUUUAGACCCAGGUAGGCUUCUAUUCCUUCUGUGCUGUAGGAUGAACACCAUAGGGCACAGUAGUCUGACCCUGUCUUGGGACAGUGGGCGUAUUGUUGUUGGUGUCACCCAGGUGUUUCACCACCAGUGUUUUGGAGUCUGGCUUUUAAGGCAGCAAGUGAUGUUCAGAACUGCUCAGUUGGGGGUCCCAAAAGGAUGGGCUGGUGCUUUCUCUUGGCUUUUGAUUUCUGCUUUGGAGAAGCAGAAGAGGACACAGGGGUGGCUGAGAAGCAUCCGUGGCAUACGGAUGAGGUGCCAGGUAACAGGGUGUUUUGUUUACUCAAGAGUGAAGUAGACCUUUUUAAAAAAAUCUGCUCUCUUGAAUAUCUGGGCUAGGUGACCUAAGCCUUGGGGCAGGGGACAUUUUCUGGGAAUGAAUAAUGAAUUUUACAGAUUAUUCCCAGGGAGGUGGGUUUUCAUUUCAGGGCCAUGAGCCUGGCAGCCCAGAGAUCUGCCAGGUAGCAGAGGCCUGGCAUCCCUUGUACCAGGGCCACCAAACGAGGGCCUGGCAGACUCAGCAGCACAGCUCUGGGGAGCGCCUCCAGAGCAGGGCCCGGGCAUUUCCCCGCUUGUUCCUCCUCCAGCUCAGUCAGGGCAGGCUUCAGCCUGUCACCGUCACGACUCAGCUGGGACCUGGCCCGCUGCACCGUGCGGCUUGUUCUUCCCCGUUUGUUCUGUGGUGUGUGCGCUGAUGGAAGCGCGCGGGCAUCAGAAGUGACUGUUCUCCGCCACUUAAGAGAAUCAAUUUGUAAAGCAAACCGUAAAAUUAGUUUGAACAUUUAAACUGUUGUUAACCUUGCUUAGAUUGAUUUUCUAAGAAUUAUGAGAACAAAAAUUCACAGUCCAGGGGCGUCCACACCAGCUGUGACAGUCCGGCAAGGCUCGUGGCACCCAUAGCAGGUGCUUGGGGAAGGCACAGCACUGAGGGUUUUCUCCAGAGUCGCUUUUAUAGAGGAGACCUGGCUUUAAAAAUAUUUUAGGUAUUUGGCUUACAGCUCCCACUUUCUCCUAACACCCCUCCCUGUCCCUCUCCCCCCACGCCUUCCUUCUCUCUUCCCCCUUCCUCCUGUCAUAUUUGACUCUUGAGCCCCUUUUCUGCUCUCACCAUUAGUUCCACGUAUCGUGUGCCACCUGCUGUGGAUUCUGGCCUCUUCGGCGGAAUCACUGGUUGCUUUGAGCAGUACAUCAGCCCUCUUGAUUAUUGCAAAGGAGAAGUGAGAAUCAAUCUUGCCUCCUACUAAUUUGGCUUUUCCUCUGUCCUCCUCUCAAUAGGAUUUUUAAGCGGCAUUGAAUUCUAUUUAGCCCAAUGCUCAUUGGCUGCCAGAGGCCCAGACGGGACCCCAUAUCUAGAAUACUCUUAAGACUAAAUUUGGACAGAUGCAGGGUUGUCUGAUUAUUCAUCUGCCUGUUUUCCCUCUUAAUAAUAUUGAUUUCCUUUUGUACCACACUUUUUUUCCUUUAGUAUUUGGGAGCUGGAUUCAAAGUUGAACUAACCUUUGACACCACUGUUGGUUUAAGGGAAGGGAAGUGGGGGAGGGGAGGGGAGGGGAGGGGAGGGAAAUGAAGUUCCUCUAAUAAGGGUCAGAGAACUUUUCCCUUAAAGGGCCAGACAGGUACAGCUUUGCUCCUGUAGACAUGGGCAUGGCAUGGGCAUUUCGUGGGAAUGGCAUGGGCAUGGGGGCUCUACCAAAACAGGCUGUGGGCUGGAUUUGGCCCUGGGCUGUGGUUUGCCAUCCCCCACUAAUGGAUUGUGUUGGUUUCAAGGGUGACACUCCCCUCUUGAGAGGUGCAGAUGAAUAACCUAAUUUUGGAUGCAGGUCUGGAAAGACGUUCUCUGGGUAGGUAGGGGUGCCAAGUUCCCUUCUGAGCUGCUUUCUGGGCCUGUUUCCUGGCUGGUUGGUGGUCAGACGCGAUGUUUCUAGCACAUAUCAAGAUUGCUCUGUGGCGGGUACCUGAGAUACCUCUCGUUUGUUAUUGUGCUUCUUGGGUGCUGGGCUGUGCUGCCCAGGUGACCUUUCUGACUGAAGGACUUAGUUCUCCAAUGACAGGGUGAGCUGUUGGCUGCCUGUUCACAGCUGUCAGACCUCUAGGAAUUUCCCUUGCCUCACCCCAGAUCACGGCCCCUUCCUGGGGGCCUCUGGACUGCUGCACAUGGAGGCACGGAGGCCUGGCCUCCCCAACCCGGGACAACCCUGUAGAUCUCCCCAGCUCCACCCCUCUCAGUGGGGUCAGCCAAGCCUGCAUCGAGGUCAACGGCAACCCCUCCACCCCUUCCCACAGAUCCUGCAUGCAGCGCCCACCUCCAGGGCACCCACCUGGGACAGUGCUCCUGUACUUAGUAGUACAAAGCUUCAACUCCAACUUAGGAGCCUUUUCUAAUUGUUUAAUGGAAUGACAAACUGUGCCUAUACAGUAACAGGCAUAAGAAAUGCAAAUUAGGUAACUAUUCUCAAUGUGAAUUUGCUAUUUAUUCUGAAUGUCGAUUUUACGUGUUAGUGACUUUGAACUCAACGUCAAAUAAAAGUUUGAAUUGUA